AUGCCUUGCUUUAAAGGCCUCGCCGUCAGCAUCCACACCCCGAGCGGCCCUCUAUCCGAAUACUCUGUUCAGCGCCAAUCGAGAGCAUCCCGCAUCGCGUGCUACAUCCCUGUUCCCCCGCCUAAGCUACCUGAUGUGUCGAAUGGCAAGCCAGAACAAUCUACCUUUGCGAUCUCCAUAACCCUCCUUGUGCCAGGCAUGAAAGUUCCAUACUCUAGCCCAAAGCCCACACCGGAUAACCCAGAGCCGAGUCCGAAGACAGUUACCGGAAUUCCAGAACGAUCCACGGCAACGGGCGCUGUCCACCCAUAUCAGCCUCUAACAGCUUCUGCAAAUGAAACCAUUGCCGCGUAUAUAUAUUUUGAUGGAAGACAAAAAGAAGAGGUUGCUACACUAUUACGGAGGGGCGAGGAGACCUGGGUUAACUCAAGAUGGGUCGGGGUACCUCAGUCAGAAGGAGGUGGUCUUGCCGAGAGAGAAUUCCUCUUCCGUGAGGUUGGUCUUGAAAGAUGGUUGAAUGGGCUGGAUUUGGAAGGCAAGGAUGCCGCAGAAAAGGUCGAAAAGCGACGCCAGAAAAUGGAGAAACGGAAGAAAAAAAGAGAGCACCGGGAAGCCUCUCGCCGUCAAGAAGGUUGCAGUGAGGGAACGGGCAUGGAUCUAGAUGAUGGGAAAAUAAAACGAGCAUCAGAAGUUUUGAAGUAUGGAGGCAACGAACAAUCCCCAGUGGAGAAUAUAUCGGAUGACGCAGAUUAUUGUUUUUCGGAUGAUACAUCUGACGAUGACCCCAUUCCGGAAACAACCGGCCAAAUCAAAGUCGCUUUAUUUCGCGUCCUGGCUUCAGGGGAAAUCAAGCGCGGCGAAUAUUCCCCGCAAUUUGAUGCCCACGAUGAUGACGAAGAUGCUCAAGGUGCAAACGGGCGAAGUAGUGGCGAGGAUAUCGAUCACACUACUAGUUUUGCGAAGCCGAAAUCUCUAGAUCCUAAAUCCAUCAGUACACAGACUGUUACUGGAAUCGACCCAGCAGACAGACCAUAUGCCGUCUUCACAUUCAUGUACAGAGGAGAAAGGCAACUUCAAAAGAUGGGCAUAUUGAAAACAUCUAAACCCCAGGAAAAGGAUGCAGAAAAAACUGCUCGACGAAAAUCUGGGCAGCCAGACUUCUCAAAAAUUGGGCCACUAAAGCCCGGUGGUGGAGCGGGCUUCCUAAAUUUUCGGGAUGGAGACAACAACGGUUCAAAAUCUCGACAAGUGAACAAGAGAGGAAGCGCAAGCGAUAUGGAUAGCGACGACGACGAUGAUGGCCUCGGCUCUAUAGUUGUUAAAGCGGAAGAUGAGGAGGACAAAGAUGUAAAGACCAAUUUAUCUCCUGAAGAUGCAAGAUUCCAAGGAGAACUUGCUGAAGGUGUUCGUCAAAUAAAGGUAAUUCAUUGUCUGAUUCUGUUACUCAUAGUGAAUGGUGAUGCUGAUGACUACAAGCUCAAACGACAACAUUCUUCUGAGCCCAUAAUAAAUGGCGCUAAUAAUAUCGAUGCGACAAAGGUCUGCAAGUCUGCAACUCCGGCAUCUAUAACUACACCACCUGCAACCACAAAACAAGAUACAACACCACCACACGCAGGCUUAUCUGGGAAAGAUCCAGCUCUAAACUCUCUAGAAGAUGGAUUCGUAGGCAGUCCUCUUAAAAAGCACCGAGCGGGCUCCCCCAGCACAGAUGAUAUUGUACGCCAAAAAUUGAGCUCAGGCAUAUCGACAGGGAUACAUGAAACCAUGGGUAUAGGAAGCAAUCCAAAUAACGUAAAUAAUGGUAAAGUUUCCUCGGCGGAAGUUAUUAUGGAUACCGACAAAAAGACAAUUAUCGAGGAAGAGUUAUAA